GAGAGGGAAGAGAAAAUGAUUAUGCAAAAUUUGCCUUUGGUUCUGUAUAGUUCUUAUAUAGUGCUCUUUCACCCCCAGGCACGCACAAACCCACGAGUCCCACACAUCGACCAAAACUCUCUUGGACCAUACGAAAAACCCUCCUCAAAUCUUCUUUCUCAUGCUCCUUUUACAGAUAGAUCCAUCCACACACAGGAUCAUCACCAAACCCUAGAGAUUCCCAAAUCUCUUCCAAUGAAGAGGCCUCUGCAGCAACAGAACCAGCUUAAUCAGCCAUCAGAACCAUUGAAGUGUCCCAGGUGUGACUCCACAAACACCAAGUUCUGUUACUACAACAACUACAACAAGUCACAGCCCAGGCACUUCUGCAAGGCCUGCAAGAGGCACUGGACGAAAGGCGGGACCCUCCGCAACGUCCCGGUGGGUGGCGGUCGAAAGAACAAGCGCCCGAAACCCUCUCACCCCUCCUCGGCAGCAGCGAAUUCCAGUUCUGCCGCCUCGCGCAGAAUCUUGACCGCCAACACCACCACCGCCUCUGAUGCCCCAGUUCAAGCUCGUGAAAAAAUAAUUCGAGGUCUUCAAAGUGAAGUUUGUGAUCAGAAGGACUUGAAUGAAAUGUUCUAUCAGGCAUUCCUUUUUCAACCACCUCCACGCGAGAACUUAUGCAGCAACAGUAACAUCUUUUUGGGCUCAUCACUCUCUACACCUGAAAGUGCAAAUCUGCACUUCCCUUUGCUUCAAAGCUCGAGCCCUUUGGUGAGAAACACUUGCUCUUCGACACCAAUCUCGUCCUUUGGCUUCUCAUCGACUGUGGAUGGUCAGACAAGAGAAUACAAGCCAGUUCUUGAGGAGAGCUCAACAAUCAUCACCACCAGUGUCAUGCCCACCUCAACAUUUACUCAGCCAUGGAAUUUCGGCAAUAUUGGCAUGGAGGUGAUGAACAACACCAGUCAUAACUGGGUUUGGGAUGAUAUGGAUAAGUUGGUCUCUACCAAUCUGAGUUUGCCUGAUUGGGACAAUGUUGAGACCAAACCACAAUGAGGGCUGCUUAGUUUUUUACUAUACAUAACCCUGGUUUUUCUCUUUUUGUUUCUCUUCGGGACGUAACUCUGAUGAUGGAUGUUUUUGAAUCCCUAAAAUUAAAGUGUGUGUCUGUGACAUGAUUCUUAUAACUUGUAACAAAUUUAGGCAGAGAAAUGGACUAGACUGUUUGAAGCCGUCUGUUUUGGUACCUGCAUCUCCAGGUCUCUCUCUCUCUCUCUCUCUCUCUCUCUCUCUCUCUCUCUCUCUCCAUUCAUGUAAGCAAAGCUGUGUAUGCACGUGAGUGCAUGCAUGUGCUGCGCAAGAAAUAAUAAUAUGUGAUUUGAGUUGA